UAAAUUCGUGAAUCUUCUCUCACUUUCCUAGAAAUCGCGCAAACCAAACAAAACAAAAGAGAAAGGGUCUCCGUCUGGCGUAAGGAGAAGAGCAGCUUACAAUCUUUCUUUCUUAAGCUUCAAUAUAAAUUUUCAACUGUCCCUCCUCCGUGUCUGCCUCGCGUUUCUCAGCACAAUACUAAUUUUUCCGAUCUAGAUUCUCCCAAAGCGACUUUUCUCUCUGUGCCUUCUUUUCAAAUUCGUAUCUAAUUCACGCGUUUUUCUCUCUUCUUCCCAUUUCAUCAUCCCCCUUUUUCUUCUUUCUCCUCCCGUCUUUGAUCCGCAGGCUACUUACUAGAUCUCCCUUAUUGGUACCCUUUUGAUCGCUUCUCUUUCUUGGGUUUUUUCGUUGCUGGGCUUCAAAUUUUAGAAUCAAAGAGCCAAAAUUCUUGUUAACUUCACUGAUUGCAUGAGUGUUUCCCGAAGAUUAAUGAUGUUGACCUUAACAGUUGGGCUCUGAAGUACUAUGGAACUGGUGGUUACCCGACAACAGCAAGAACAACUACCCCUACAAGAUGACGCUUUACAUUGGUCGCGAGGCUUCAAAGUUUCUGCUUCUGAUGUGAAGCUGUGGAAGAGAAUUUGUGCAGAGAUUGCCACAGAGAUCAAUCUACUAUUCGAUAAUUGGAAAUACAUUCUUGCCGGUCUAAUUUGUCAGUAUAUACAUGGUUUGGCUGCCAGAGGAGUUCAUUAUCUACAUCGUCCAGGGCCAACAUUGCAGGAUGCAGGGUUCUUUCUCCUUCCGGAGCUUGGACAAGAUAAAGGCUACAUCAGUGAGACAGUGUUCACCUGUGUCUUUCUAUCAUUCGUACUGUGGACUUUCCAUCCUUUCAUCUGCAAGAGCAAAAAGAUUUACACAGUUCUGAUUUGGUGCAGGGUUCUAGCAUUUUUAGUUGCUUCCCAAUUUCUUCGGAUAAUUACAUUCUAUUCUACUCAACUUCCAGGUCCAAAUUAUCAUUGCCGUCAGGGCUCCAAACUUGCCAGGCUGCCACGUCCUGAGAGUGUGCUUGAAGUACUCCUAAUUAAUUUUCCUCGGGGGAUAGUAUUUGGUUGUGGUGAUUUGAUUUUUUCAUCACACAUGAUAUUUACCCUAGUGUUUGUCCUGACGUAUCAGAAGUACGGUACACAAAGGUUCAUAAAGCAAUUAGGUUGGCUGAUUGCUGUGGUUCAGAGCCUCUUAAUUAUAGCAUCCCGCAAACAUUAUACAGUUGACGUUGUUGUUGCAUGGUACACUGUUAAUUUAGUGGUAUUCUUUAUAGACAAGAAAUUACCAGAGCUUCCUGAUCGGAGUAAUGGAGCAUCAUCUCUGUUGUUACCGUUGAGUAACAAAGACAGAGACGUCAAGAACAAAGAAGAGACUCACAAGCUCAUGAAUGGGAACUCAGUAGACCCUGCAGAUCGGAGGCAGAGAACUCAAGUAAACGGCAAAAUUCAGGAAGAUGCCAAUGGAGUCCACAAUGAUACUAAUGCAAUGAACGGGGUGUAGCCGGAAGCUGUAGCUGGUGCAAGGACUGCUUUUUAUAAUCUUUAAGAAGUGAAGCCUUAGAUAGGGUGGUGGGCUUCUAUUCCAGGACUGGUGGUGAAUUUGAUUUGUAUUCAAGUGGGGUAAAAAAAAUGAAAAAUGGGUAAGCAUGUACGAACAUUUAGCAGUCCUGCUGCUUUGUAAUGGUUAAAACAAUAUAUCAUCAUCAGCA